CCAAAUAUGGCCAUUUAAUUCCUCCAUUCACACUCUUCCCGUUUUCCUCUUUUCUUUUUUCUCUUGUACGCACACGUGUACCCGCCGUAUGUAUAUACUCCGUAGCAGAUACGUAUCUUUAUGCGCCCAUUUGAUAGUAUUAAAUACGUAUAUCAAAGUGUUGAAGGAGGAGGAGAAGACCAGUAGAUUAACCAGAAGCAAGCACCCAAAAGUCAAAGGUUCCAUUUUUCUUGUUCUUUUAUUUUUGGGCUUCUGUCAAGUGAUUCUCGUGAGCCCAAACUGAAAACAAGUGCCACCCAUUUCCAAAUCAGGGGUUGAGAGAAGGAAAGGGCACUUUUCUUGCUUGAAAAAGAAGAUAAAGAUUCAAGCUUUGGUCCAUUUCUGGAUAUGGGUUCUUGUUUCAGUGUGAGAAUCAAGGCAGAGAGUCCUCAUCAUGCUGCAGGAGACGGGGGUUUAAGUAGCAGGAUUUCGUCGGCCUCAGUGUCAUUGAACACGCCCACGCCUCGGGGAGAAAGUGAAAUUUUGGAGUCAUCCAAUCUCAAAAACUUCAGUUUCAAUGAGCUAAGAAUAGCCACGCGGAACUUCCGCCCAGACAGUGUGUUGGGUGAAGGCGGGUUUGGGUGCGUCUUUAAGGGAUGGAUUGAUGAGAACACUUUCAAGGCAGCUCGGCCAGGGACGGGCUUGGUCAUUGCUGCCAAGAGGCUCAAUCAAGAUGGCUUUCAAGGUCAUAAGGAAUGGUUGGCAGAAAUCACUUAUCUGGGUCAACUAUCGCAUCCUAACCUUGUAAAAUUGAUUGGGUACUGUUUGGAGGAUGAACACAGGCUGCUGGUUUACGAAUUCAUGCCUCGGGGAAGUUUGGAGAAUCAUCUAUUCAGAAGGAGUUCAUACUUCCAACCACUAUCUUGGAGUAUUCGAAUGAAGGUCGCUGUAGGUGCAGCCAGGGGACUCGCAUAUCUUCACAGCCCAGAAGCUAAAGUGAUAUUCCGCGAUUUCAAAUCGUCGAACAUUUUGAUUGACUCGAAUUACGACGCAAAGCUUUCUGAUUUUGGAUUGGCCAAGGAUGGGCCCGCCGAUGGAAAGAGUCACGUCUCGACUAGAGUGAUGGGGACGUAUGGGUACGCCGCUCCCGAGUACAUGGCCACAGGCCAUCUAACGACGAGAAGCGAUGUGUACAGUUUCGGGGUCGUACUUCUCGAGAUUCUGACGGGCCGUCGGGCAAUGGACAAAAACCGUCCGAACGGGGAGCACAACCUCAUAGAGUGGGCCAAGCCGUACCUCGGAAACAAGCGUAAGAUCCUUCGGGUUAUGGACCCACGCAUAGCGGGUCAAUACUCGUUGACCGUGGCACUCAGGGCAGCCCUUCUCGCGGUCAAGUGUCUAUCAAUUGAUCCAAAACACCGGCCGAGAAUGGCAGACGUGGUCAAGGAAUUGGAACAACUUCACGACUUGAAUGACUCGGGUAAUCCAAGAAGAGAUGCCGAUUUGUAUCCGAGGCCACCCGCGUCUCCACUUCCCGCUUGAAUGGGAAACUGUCACAUCCUUCUUUGCUGAAUGGAGGCGAUGGAACCAUUAACAAUUAACUGACCAUUAUGACUUUUGUGAUACUCUCAAUAAAUGAAUGAAUAUAGACAUCUGUAUGACAAUAUUCAUUCAUCUUACAUUUUGAUGUAUUUCAAAAGUCAUAAUGGUCAGAUAUAAGGGAAGUAAAUAAUAAAACAUGUAACAAUAUCUAAUCGGAUCCAACCAUGACUGUCCAGGUUGGUUCGGGAGUUGCGGGGAGUUGCUCUGAAUCAAUCCGGAAAGCCAUAUUGGGGUUUCGGACGGUGGACUGAUUUUUGGCUGGUUAAGAAGUGUGUACUAUGAUGUUUUCUUCUUCUUGUUUGUGCAUUUAUUAAGUUUAUUAAGGGGAUAUG